UUACGAGUAAAAAAAUUAAAAACGUAUCGAACAUGGAUAAGCCGGACCAUUCAAAAGAUUUUAAAGAAUUUGCAUAUUCUGUUUUACCAAUAGUUGGAAAGCAAUCUAGCGCUGGUAGUAAGAAGAAAUAUGGUUUCUCUAACGGUCACCCACUGGAGACCAAUAAAAGCUUCACUUCCAAGUUUCGAUUUGGUGUGCUUACCACUAUAGUUAAACACAUGCAGGUACGCUAUAAAAGUGGUAAUGAUCUAAAAUUGAGUUUAGAUGAAAUUUUGAACGAAACCGGUCAACAAAAUAUUGACGAUUCUAUUAAGAAGUGGUUAGCAUAUGAGGCACUCGUAGAUAACCCCAAGAUUGACACAAGCGCUGAUAAAAAGAAGUUUUCCUUUAAGCCAAUUUACAAAGUUCAAGAUGGCAAGUCCCUCAUGCGCUUAUUAAGGCGCAAUCAUAUUAAAGGCCUGGGUGGGGUGCUUCUCGAGGAGAUCGAAGAGUCACUGCAAAACGUUGACAAGGUUUUAAAGGCAUACGCUAAAAAUAUUAUUAUAGUUACUCGACCUGGGGAUAAAAAAAAAAUACUUUUCUACAAUGAUCACUUCGCUGAUGAUAUGCAUGUUGAUGAAAGUAUUCAGAAGAUGUGGCGAUCCAUUGAUGUAGAUAGCGUAGAAGACUUAAAAAUUGAUAACCACUUAAAGGAGGCGGGUAUUUCUUGUUUAAAGGGUUCAACCCCAAUCAAGCCUGUAGAAUUGAAACGAAAAGCACCUGCCAAAGCAUAUCAACUGAAGAAACGAGUUGAUAACGAACAUGUCCAAGAUAUUUUAGAAACAUAUGAAGACCAAACUGUUGACCAGAAAGAAAUGGAAUUGGGAAACAUUCACAUAGCUUAAUCUCAAAUUUACUUACAUAACAAAUAAAACUAAUUAGCUGAACGGAAGACAUACAAAAGUAUCUAUAACAAUAAUCUCUUAAUAAUCUUAAUUUUACUUGUACCGAAAUAAACUUAUUUGAAAUCCUAUGAAAAUCAAAGAAUGAGGGUUUCAUCCGCUGGAUAUAUGGAAUUUAAUACAAUAAUCAUAAAAAUGUUUGUUUUUGUAUAAAAUUGUUUAAAUU